AUGGCAUUAUCGACACUUUGUCUUUUGCUUUUUCUCAGUUUAACUGGUGUUAUCAACGGUGCUGGUAAUUGUUCUGGCUCCAAUACUGUUAGCAUGGAUGUGAACAUGCUUCGCGGAUUUACUCAAGAAGAAUAUCAAAAAUCGAUUAUCGACUAUUGGACACCGGAACGAAUUGCUUCGGCUAGACCAAUGCAACCAAAGAUCAUUCGAAACGGAAACAUUCCUUUUGUGAAAAAUCAUGAAGAUAAUGAAAUCGAACGAAUCCUGACACCGAGCACCAUUCUACCUGAUGCACGUGUUUCAACAUCACCUUGUGUUGGCCGAGCUUUUUUCACAUAUGGGAGUUUAACAUAUUGGUGUUCUGGUUCAGUCAUUAACGCUAGCAACAUGGAUACUGUACUUACGGCUGGUCAUUGUGUCUUCAACACUACUAGUAAAGAAUGGGCAAAGAAUUUCAUUUUUAUACCUGCCUACAACAAUAAUAGUCGUCCUUAUGGUACCUUUACGGCCCGUAAAUUAGUAACAACACUACAAUGGAUGAGUAAUGCCAAUUUCAGCCAUGAUAUGGCAUUCGCCAUAAUGUCUCCUGAUGGAACUGGUACACAUAUACAACAGAAAGCUGGGUGCGGAUUGGGUCUAUUAUUAAAUUGCCCACUAAAUGUGAACACAAAUGUAUAUGGUUACGGGGAGCAAACAAACAACGGUGAAACAAUUAGUACUUGUGCCGCUAAAACCCAAACACCAAGUAUUCUUGGUCUUCCCUUUCUUUUUUCUAUUUUUACUCCAAAUUACGAUGGUUCUCAAAUCACGUGUAAUCUAGAAGGUGGCUCAUCGGGUGGUCCAUGGCUUCAACAAUACAAUGCUACUACUAUGUCAGGUGUAAUAAUGGGGGUUAUGAGCUUCGAAACUACGUUGGCCCCUGGCAGCAGAUAUGCUGCUUGCUUUCGUCAAGGGAAUAUGGGUCAACUCUAUGCUAAUUGUCAAAGUGCAUAA